UGUCUUAUUUGGGGACUGUGCUGCUGUUUAGGUGUGGUGUACAGUGUACUGCACACUUUUUACCUCUUGUACAUGCCAAAUAAUCCAGAAGAGGUUGAAACUUGGUUUGUCUUUGCAAAGAAAACGAUAGCUGGCGAACCCGACCAUCCUGCUUUAGGAGACGUGAUACGUAUGACCUUUGGAAAAUUACUAUGCACGCUACAGCUAUUAGCGCCGCAAAUGAUCAUUCUGCUUGGUAUAAUUAUGCUAGCAUGUUUAUGGAAAAAGCUGAAUGCUGACCUUUCUCAAAUCACAACAGAAACACCAACAGAGCAGUUACGCCUCAUAAAUAAACAAUACCGGGAUAGCCAUCGUAUUCUGCACGUGCUAAAUGAAGCGUUUUCGAUGAUAAUUUUGGUGAAUUGUGCAGUAGAAUUGCUGAUCAACGUCGCAAUUGUGGCUUAUUUAUUACGCAUCGGUGAAAGCCGUCAAGACGACAGCAUCCAAAGAAUUGUUUUUGAAGCAAUCGGGGCGGGUAAUAUGAUCUUUAGAAUUUCGGCAUCGAUUUUUUGUGAUGAACAGGCAAAAGCAAUGCGAGAUCGUAUCAAAGAAAACCUCCUCUUCGUGGACAACAAGAACAAGGAAAGGGUCGAUUACACAAAGGAAUUUUGCAACGAAAUAGCCAACAACGAUAAUGCGCUCUCUAGCGCUGGCUGCUUUUUGCUGAAUAAAGAAUAUGUUGUCAAAUGCUGUGGAUUGCUGCUGACGUAUUUUCUGUUGGUGUACCAGGCAUGGGAAGGAAAGCACGACAAUGCGGAAUUAUCGAAAUUAAUUCUUAACAGCACUGCUGUUCUUCAAGAAAAAAUAGAUAACUUAAUACGGCAUGCACCAGUACAUUGA